CUCUUCCGGAAACUAAAACCCUCCAAAACCUAAAAUCCCAGUCUCAUAAACCUCUCAAUCCUCGGCAGCUCCCUCCCUAAAACCCAUAUCGACUUUCCCACACCUUGCAAACACCCAGAACCCAUUCCUCUCUCAAUCUCCACACCCUUCAUCUUCCAUCAACUUUUGCCACUCUCUGCUUUUCUGCUCAGUGAAAAAGCUGCUUCUUGCUUCACCUAACUAUAAAGUACAAGAAUUUCUGCAUCAAAGGGUUUCUUGAGAUAGAUUGUACUAAUUGGAGAAACUACAGCUGCCGAAGAUCUCUGGGUCCUAGUAUGCUAGGCACCCGAAGACAAAUUCUCAGCCAUUCUCAUUACGCGCAGAGGUUUUAUUCAUCUGAAUGUUAUUCAGUUCUCAAUUCACCUGGUCUUCAGCAUUGGUUCAAGAAUUGGCAAGGACUCAGAAAACAGAAACUGACUGCAAGCACUUUUGCUGCGGCUAUUGGUUUUUGGAAUCGCCGAAGAGUCGGGCUUUGGUUAGAGAAAAUUGGAGCAACUGAGCCCUUCUCUGGUAACCUGGCUACCUGUUGGAAUAAUAUUAAAGAAGAGGAAGCACUUGAAAGAUACAAGUUGAUAACGGGAAAUUCAGUCUCGUUUCCUGAAUUUCAAGUCUAUGGAAAUGUAAAUCCAGGAGAUGACUGGCUAGCAGCUUCACCAGAUGGGGUGGUUGAUAACAUGCUGUAUGGAUUGCCACGACGAGGAGUGCUAGAGGUUAAAUGCCCCUUUUUUGAUGGAGAUAUGAGCAAGGCUUUCCCUUGGUCCCGAAUUCCUCUUCACUGUAUUCCACAGGCUCAGGGUUUAAUGGAAAUAGUUGACAGGGAAUGGAUGGAUUUAUAUGUUUGGACGCCUAAUGGAAGUAGCCUAUUCAGGUUAUACCGAGAUGCAGCGUACUGGGAUAUGUUGAAAUAUGCUCUCUCAGAUUUUUGGUGGAAUCAUGUUCAACCAGCAAGGGAGUUGUACAGUAAAUCUCAUGCUAUGCAUCCUCUCAUUGAAUCGCUGAGGCCACAACCCAAGCAUGAACAUUGGCAAUAUAUAGUUUAUGAAAGUAAGCGCAUUGUUGAAAGCUCGGAUUUAUUGUGGCGUGAAAUUCAUGGCAAGCUACAAAACUGAUGCAUCUACGAUCUUUUGGUUUCCAUGAGUUUUGAAGCACAUAUAUCCCAGCUGAAACUGAGGCAAUUAGUUCAUUUUUGGUUCACUUUUUAUGUGACUUAGAGUCCAUGUCAAGUAGCUGGCAUAUUGGUCUUCUGAUUGACAUCAGUUACUUUCAUCACUAUACUCAUAAUUCUUCCCAAGUGAUGAAAGAAAAAUAUACUGUGCUACAGGGUAUAGAAUUUGCAAAUUGCAAUGUUGCUGAUGAGAGUGACCACAUCUUUGUAUUAAGAAGGAAUUGGCAUAUUACGGUCAUGAAAGCAAAAUUUAAGAGGAUAACUACAUCCCUUGCUAUUGUCAUAACUCUAGGCCAGAACAUUGUAGUUGACUCGUACUCUGGAGAAGUUUGAACAGGUGCAGGUAGCUUACUUCUGAUCCCCAACAAAAGAAAUGUGAGGCAGGUCAUAUAUCAAAAAUUCAAGAUCUCCUUCCCAACUUUGAGGAAUUUAGAGAAAAAUGAAGGGUGUUGUUCAAUUGUAACUCUACUACAGUAGCCCUCAUUUGUCCCAAACUCCGAUUGUGGUCUACUUCCAGAGCUCCUCUUCUCUAAUAUCAGUGGCUACAAGAUCAUUGCAGACGCAGCUAACAGUAUGUGAAGGAUGUGAAGGACUGAGAUUUCUCAUGGUUGUGUUUGAUUUUACAUGAUAUGAUCAAAUACAGGGUCUUGGAUGACAUUGGAAGGAAUACUGGUACUGAAUGCUGAUAUGUUUAAAAUUAUUGAAGUCAUCUAGAUCUUGAAGAUUUUAAACUUGUUUACUUAGUUGAAAUAGGGAACUAACUUACAGCCUGACAUUGAUGGUAUAAAUGCUCUAUAUUGGAAACAAUUUAAUCUGUAAGUUAACAUUCCCUUUUGGUACAGUGAUGACUGAUGACAUAAACCGAAACAGAACAAUUACGAACUCUCAUUUUCUUAUCAUCCAUUUAGUAAUCAGAUCCUUCAUUUCUUCAGACACACAAUAUGCUAAAAUAUAUUAACCGUUUUCUACAAGGAUGGUUCAAAUUUUUGGUCUGAAAGCAGUG